ACUACAUGUUUCAACAGCUCGUUUUACAUGUGUUUUUUAUUUCGCUCUUUUCUUUGACUAUAUUAUAAUCCAAAUAAUUUGUGUAGAAGUUAAUAUUUACGUAAUAUUAUAGUACAGACGUGCAAUAUUACUGUUUAUAAUCUUUUAAAACUCACUUAAAUAAAAUGUCUAAACGAAAAGGAAUUUCUUUUGAAGAAAAACGUAUAAGACUGCUUCAACUGUUUUAUGAAAGAAAAGAAUUUUUUACUUUAAAAGAAUUAGAAAAAAUCGCAACUAAAGAGAAAGGGAUUGUUGCACAGGCAGUAAAAGAUGUACUUCAAACACUAGUAGACGAUGGAUUAAUAAAAUCAGAAAAGAUUGGUACUUCUGUAUAUUUUUGGAUUUUUCCAGGAGAAAAUGUUACUAAGAUGGAACAAAAAAUCUCUGAAACAUUAAGAAACAUAGUAGAGGCAGAAUUUAAACUUAAAAAACUGAAAGAUGCUUGCGAAAAAGAAAAGAUAGGAAAAGAAGAUACAGAGGAAAGACAAAUUUUAUUACGUGAAUUAGAAGAACUAAAAGCUAAAGAGAGUCAAUUAAAUAAACAAAUUGCUAAAUUCAGUGAUGCUGAUCCAGAAGUUAUAGCUAAACUUGGAGAAAAAGUACAGAAAUAUAAAGAAGUUACAAAUACAUGGACAGAUAACAUUUUUGCUAUUCAAGGUUGGUGUAAAAACAAAUUUGAUAUAUCUGUAGAAUGUCUCAAUAAACAAUUCAAUAUUCCUGAUGACUUAGAUUACAAAGAAUAAAAACAUUUGAAAUUUAAA